CCCUGGUUCUCCUGCUCCGCGAGCUUUGAGACUUCAACUCGAUAGAAUCGAGGACUCGAGACUCAAAACUGACUGGCUACCUGUUGCCCUAUACACAUCCUCGUUACAGAGUAUCUCGAUUGACAAACGUGCUGCUCAACCUCGCAGGGCCUUACCUGCCAAUUCAUCUGCUUGCUUGUUACAAAACGUAGAUAUCGACGCAACCCGGAGAAAAAGAACCGUCAAUGUUGACAUUCGCAUUGCGUAUCUCCUUAGUGCUCACAAGCUCCAAGCGGGUCACGGCAAUGGGCCUAGACCAAUCAGAGCUCUCGUCAGUGGCGAUACCUUAUCCUAUGCUAUCUUCCGCCCGAGGCGUAAGUAGACACAAUACAGGCGGCGGCCCUAGAGUGGAGUCCGUGAGGCCGCCCAGGGCGGGGUUGUUUGUUGUUGGGAAACCAAUCGGUUAAACAACGGCAGACGCGGGUACCUCGGAGUGU